AAAACUGACAGAUCACCUGCUCCGCCGAAUCAAAACAAGCCAACGUGCCGAGCGUGCCGAGCCGAUGUUUACGAGUUUGUCGCAGAUUUCGCGAAUUUCUCUGUUCCACACAGUUCCACAACGACGACGCAUCCGGAAUGAAGGCCACCUUGGACUACCGAAACAAAAUUAUCCUCGCACCGAUGGUGCGGGUUGGCACACUGCCGAUGCGAUUGCUGGCCCUCUCGUUCGGCGCGGACAUUGUCUACACGGAGGAGAUUAUCGACUGGAAGCUGCUCAAAUCGGAGCGGCGCGUUAACGAUGUCCUGAACACGAUCGAUUACGUGGACAAAUCGGACGGAACGAUAAUUUUUAGGACGUGUGACAAGGAGAAGGGAAAGGUGGUUCUUCAGUUGGGGACGGCUAGUGCGGAACGAGCUCUGGCGGUCGGGAAGAAGGUUCAGGGGGAUGUGGCCGCCGUGGACAUCAACAUGGGUUGCCCGAAGGACUUUUCGAUUAAGGGAGGAAUGGGAGUAGCGCUGCUUUAUGAUUUGGAGCGGGCGAAGAAGAUUCUGACGACGCUGGUAGACAAUCUGGAUAUUCCGGUGACGUGUAAGGUUCGGAUAAUGCCGGAACUGGAUGACACUUUGCGGACGGUGAAGGAAUUGGAAAGCACUGGGAUUUCGGCGAUUGGUGUGCAUGGAAGGACGAAGGUGGAACGGCCACGGCAUCCGGUGCACACGGAUGUGAUACGGGAAGUGGUGCAGGUGCUUAAGAUUCCCGUAAUUGCUAAUGGUGGCUCGCAGGAAAUGCACAAACGGUCCGAUAUAUUGAAAUUCCGGGAAGCCUGCGGUGCGAGUAGCGUUAUGGUGGCCAGGGCGGCUCAGUGGAACUGUUCAAUCUUUCGGGAGGAGGGACCGCUGCCGAUUGAGGAAAUUAUCUUGCAAUACUUGCGUUUGGCGAUCGAUUAUGAUAAUUCUCCGUGCAACACUAAAUACUGCGUGCAAAUGAUUCUGAGAGAUCUGCAGGAGACAACAAUGGGGCGGAAGUUUUUGGACAGCCAAACUUUGGAGCAGAUUUGCGACGUUUGGGAUCUGGCACCAUAUUGUCGACAGAAGCAGCUGGAAUAUCACAACGCUGGACUUCAGGGCCGAAGACAGGCCGCUCCGCAACCUGAUGAGCAGGACGAGAAUUGUCCGACGAAGCGGCAAAGGCUUGGCAAUGGAGACAGCGAGCAAGAUGUCGUAUCACAUAAUGUUAGCUUUAUCCGAGUAAAUUAUAGCGAUGAUAAGGAACUCCCCAAGAGCAAAUUGUAUAUUUACACGGUGAAAAACGGUCUCAAGCUGCCCAAGUACGAGUCCAUCCACAAGGACAAAUUGUUCCGGGCGAUCGUGCUGGUCGGUGAACGUCGUUACAGCAGUUCUUUCUGGGAGAAGAGUAAAAAGUACGCCGAACAAUCCGCCGCCCUAACCUGUCUUCUUCAUCUGGGCGUCGAAAGUCGGGAAAAGCUGAUUGCGAAUGGAGCCAUAAUCGGUUAAAAGGAAAUAAACAAAAAGUGCAUGCCCUUAGGAGAGUCGAAAAAGUUGAAAUUUAUUUUCAAGGAAGAUUUAUUGUACAUUAUUGGUAAUGUAAGAUUAAGAAGAAUUUAAUUAAAAAUCACUAGCUAAUUGAACAAAGUUACGGA